CAUAAUAUAUGUGAGGGAUCCAGCCUUCUCCUGGAAAAUACCUGGAAUUUAGUUAAUGCCCAGUAUUUUGGUAUUAAUUACUGGGCUGUUCCUUUGUCUCCUUUUGCAUCUAGAGUAAAUAAGGAACUCACUGGGGCUAGAUGAGGUCAGAAUACACUUCAGGCUUUCCUCUAAGAAAUUAAAGCAAGGUCUGCUGUUCCAGCAGUGCAGCAACUGGGCCCUUUAUUUUGUUCAUUCCAAGGCACACAGGACUUUGCAAGCAGCUUACUGACACUGAAGGCAGCCAGACUUGACUGGUUAUUUUUUUGUUUGUUUGUUUUCAGCAGCCCUUUCUUCUCGACAAAUGUGUUAUGUAUGGGACAAAUUAGCUCUGGAGAUAACCAGUGCUUACUGCCCUGAAGACAGGGCAGUUGUCAAGAGGCAUGAGCUGCAUGUACAUCUUUCAGAGAAAAUGGUUGCCCUCUAUCUGCCAUUUAUUUUGGUUGGAUAAUGAGGAUCCUUUGUACUUCUAUGACUGUCAAGUGCUAGCUUGAAACAUGUAUACAAACUUUUACAUGAGAUACACGGUGCCAGUGUGAGCAGGCACAGAGUUUGGCUGUAACUGCUGCGUAAGAGUGCGUGCAAUCAAAGUACGCUGUAGCAAUUAGCUGACCCUCAGUGCGCUGCCAUUGUUGCAAAGCAGGUUUGUUGUUUCAUGCCAAUCUAUUAAUUUCUUGUUUCUAAACCCUUUUAUCUUGUCACUAGGCUGCUCUUUGGAGUAUAUUGCACUCGAUUAGGGAUCGGUUCUCAGAAUCAAGGAGUUAGAAGUGAUAUUUGAGAUAAGUGAGGCCCAUUCGGUGCUGCUUUGGACGCCUCCGAAGGGGAAAUGGAGUUAUCAGGAAUGAAAAAGAAGAGUUUGCUAGGACUGAAAGAAAAUAAUAAAAAAUCCAACACUAGGGCUCCCUCACCAACCAAGCGCAAGGAUAGGUCUGAAGACAAAUCAAAGGACCGGUCCAAGGAUAAAGCGGCCACCAAGGAAUCAAGCGAGAAGGAUCGUGGUCGGGACAAGACACGCAAGAGGCGCAGUGCUUCUAGUGGGAGCAGCAGUACCAGAUCCCGUUCCAGCUCAACUUCCAGUUCGGGGUCCAGUUCCAGCACUGGUUCUAGCAGUGGUUCUAGUUCUUCUUCUGCCUCAAGUCGAUCAGGGAGCUCUAGCACCUCUCGCAGUUCCAGUUCCAGCAGCUCCUCUGGAUCCCCAAGUCCAUCUCGACGGAGACAUGACAACAGGAGACGCUCCCGCUCCAAAUCUAAGCCACCCAAGAGAGAUGAGAAGGAGCGAAAGAGGCGGAGCCCCUCACCCAGACCUACAAAAGUGCAUGUUGGAAGGCUCACCAGAAAUGUAACCAAGGAUCACAUCAUGGAAAUUUUUUCCACUUAUGGAAAGAUUAAAAUGAUUGACAUGCCAGUCGACAGGCUAAAUCCACAUCUCUCUAAAGGUUAUGCUUAUGUGGAGUUUGAGAACCCCGAUGAUGCUGAGAAAGCCCUGAAACACAUGGAUGGGGGUCAAAUUGAUGGGCAGGAGAUCACUGCCACAGCUGUUCUGGCACCACGGCCUAGACCGCCUCCCAGACGUUUUAGCCCACCCAGGAGGAUGCUGCCACCACCACCAAUGUGGCGUAGGUCACCCCCUCGCAUGAGGAGAAGGUCCCGGUCUCCUAGGCGCAGAUCCCCUGUUCGCCGGCGAUCCAGAUCCAGAUCUCCUGGACGAAGGCGCCAUCGCAGCCGCUCCAGCUCAAACUCUUCACGAUAAAGCAAAAAGACUGGACAGCUUUUUAUUUUUUAACUUAAAUCCCAUCAAACUAAAUAUUGUACCUUUUUCUAUAAGGGAUCUGGAUGAGGAGGAGUGAGAGGUAGUUUCCUGGCAGUGAAGGCAACCUAAGAGAAGAGAGUGCAGUUCCUAGCCAAUAGAUGGCCUUUGCUGUGGGGCUUCUAGUUUCCUGGCAUUUAAUUGAAUUUUUUUUUAAAUGGCUUUGAUUUAAAGGCUGUAAAUACAACAUCUCUUCCAGAUAAAUGGAAGGAAAGAUGCUAUAGCCUCUCUUUCACCAGUCAGCAGCUGCUGCUUGAUGAUUUCUAAAUGCUUAGCACGCUGUACAGACAAGCAUGUGAAUCUUAAACUGUAUUGGAAGCCCUGUAUAGUAAGAGAGGGAAGCAUUUAACUUAGUCUCUGGGUGCCAGCACAGGAUCUUCAGAACAGCUGGAGUCCAGAUUACAAAACCUGUCUUAGACUAAAAUUGUGAAUUGUUGUUUUUAUUCCAGUUCACACACAGGUUAGUUUCUGCGUAGUGUUGCAGACUAAACUUCUGUAACGAGCAGCAGAAACAAGCGGCAGCCCCCUGUUAAACAUGUUAGAAAUGACGCUGGAAAUCUUAAGAAUUGCUUUGCAGCUGCCCCCUCCAGUGAUUCCAGUUGCCUCUCCUAAAGGGUUUUGGUUAGAAAGGAAAGCUCCUGCCCCUGCAGCCCCCCACCCCCCCAAAAUGGUGCGAGCGCUUCUGCUUUUACAAAUCCGCUCAAAUUAGCAAGCGAGUAUCGACCCCCCAGAAACCGCAAGGCAGAGCGGGAGGCUUGUGGCCAUGAUGCUGUCUGGAUUAACUGGGUUCACAUUGGAAAAGGCAAAGAAUUUGCUGCCCCUUGUACAGUCAAUACUAUAAAGUUUGUUUGAUUUUUUUUUUUUCCUCCCCUCCCCCCCCCCCUUUUUUUUUCCUUUUUGUAUAACUUUGUAGCCUUUUGGGCCAUGUUGUGUUUGUACUUGUGUAGGAUGAGCGACUAUCGAAUAAAGCAGUAGGGUUGAGAA